AUGGCCAAGAUGCAGAAUCUACCGACUUCGCUCGCGCUGCUCCUUCUCGUGUCGACUGCCUCAUCUCUGCACAUCCGAAGUCGGCCAGCAGAUGCUCAGGCCACGCCAGUCGCGCAUCUGUCGCAUGCGGCAGCGCCGCCCAUCAUUACUCCCGGUCCCUCUCCGGAACUCUUGGCCGAGUUGAAGUUUGCACGCGCUGUGCCUACCAUUCCAGCGUGUGCUACUGACUGCGUCGCGUCCGCCGUCACAAAGUCGACGAACUGCAAACUGGGGGACACCUUGUGCGAAUGCAACGCUGCGGACGUCAUCAACAAAGGGGCAGCCCCUUGUGUCCAGAGCGCCUGUGGAUAUGUUGGUGCUGUCCAGGCUCAGGUGGCGGGUGAGCAGCUGUGUAUAAGUGUGCUUGCUGGACUCAUUCCCGGCUCAUCAUCCGAAUCUGCCCCUGAGGCCACCGCUACCAACAAGGACGACGACUCGCCUAGCCAGUCAGCCGGCUCUUCCUCAUUAAAGGAAACUUCUUCACCGUCGAAUAGCGCAUCUCCAAGUGGUAGUAGCACCUCGUCAGGAGGCUCUGGAAGCUCAUCAGGAACUUCCAACGGAAGCUCGAACAACGGAUCGUCAGGAGGAUCAGAUUCUGCUGAUUCAGAUGGUUCAUCGGGUUCCGGAGCUCUCCCUAAACGCAAGAAGAAGGGACUCUCCGGAGGUGCCAUUGCUGGCAUCGUAGUCGGCGUUGUAGCCGGUAUCGGCCUUGCAGCCGCCGUCAUCUGGAAGUUCUGCCUCAACAGAGCAAAGGGAGGAAACACUACCGCAGCUGGAGGAGACGGAGCAGCGCCAGCCGCAGCACCCGCUGUAGCACAACCUCAAACCGCCCAGGUCCCUCCCGUCGAUCCUACUAAGCUCACAUCCACGACGCCGCUGUCGACGCCCAGCGAGCUGUCGAACAACCCCGUCACUGUUUCGAGCAUAUCGCCGUUCCAGGGAUCUGCUGCUACGACAACGCCUCCUGUACAUCCUAAUGCGGCUGAGCUGCCUCAUGGGUCAUAUCCCCAGCCGCCAGCCGCAUACGCAUAUCCGCCUCAUCCCAUGGGCCAGGCGUAUCAUGAGGUGCAUGCACAGCCGCCAGAGAUGGCUGGUAGUACGCAUUUGCCGCAGGAGUUGCAUGGUGGAGGGCCGGUGUAUGAGAUGGGUAACUGA